CAGACAACACAUGAAACCGAUUCCAUUCCUUCCAUUCAUUCAUCCAUCCAUCCCUAAUGUCUCCUUUCUUGGUUUCUUGAGAGAGAAACUAGUGAGAGAAAGUUUAAGCGUACAUGGUAUCCUACUGAGAGAAAGAAAGAAAAGAAAGAAAUAGAGAGAGAAAGAAAGAAAGAAAGAUUGUGGAUGUGGUGGUAGAUGCUUGUACACACAAAAGAGAGAAGAAAGAGAGAGAGAGGAAGAGGAAGAGGAAGGAAGGAGAGAGAGAGAAGCAUCACGCACACACAUCGCAAAGCACAAAGCGAGCGACCUCUCGCGCUCGAUCCCAGGAGGGAGCUAGUUGAGCUAAGCUAGCACACCGGCGGCGCCCGCGGGGCAUGGCGUCGGCGACGACACCGGACCUGUCGCUGCACAUCAGCCUGCCGAGCGGCGCAGGCGGGGCGGGGGCGGCGGCGGCGGCAGGGAUGCAGGGCACCGGGGGUGCGGGUGCUGCUACUACUGGGAGAGGUGUCGCGGGUGUAAAGGCGGCGGCGGGGGCGGCGGUGGGAGACCCGUGGAGGAGGCUGGACGGGUCCACGGCGUCGACGGAGCUGUCGCUGUCGACGCCGCAGCAGCAGGAGGCAUCGGAUGCGCUGCCGUGGCGGCUGCGGCAACCGGCGGCGGUGGCGUCGAACGUGCCCGUGACUCUGCCUACGCUCCCGACGAUGAACGGCGCGGCGGGUGCGGCGGAGGCGCGGCCGAUCCGGGGGGUGCCUGUGUACAGCAGCGCAGCCGCCGGCGGAGGGCACCCGUUCCUUGGCGGCGACCACCGGCACCACAACCACGGGAAGGUGGGGCUGUACAAUCCCUACCACUCCACGGCGUGGCCAUCGUCGUCGUCGUCCCUGUGCUCCACCUCGCCGGUCCAGGCUCCUCCCCCUCCGGGCGUCGCCGACCCCGCCGCCGUGGCCACCUCGUCGCUGCUGUCGCCGUCCGCGUACCACCGGAUGCUCUCCAGCACGGGUCGCCUCCACGGCGUGCUCGCCGACACGCUCCGCGGCUACGGCGCCGCCGCGGGCUCCAUCGGCUACGGCGCCUACGGAGGCGGCGGCGGUGGCCUCGCCUCCUCCCGCUUCAUGCCGCGUCUCCUCCCUGCGUCCCGCCGCAGCAUGCGCGCCCCGAGGAUGCGGUGGACGAGCUCCCUCCACGCCCGCUUCGUCCACGCCGUCGAGCUCCUCGGCGGCCACGAGCGGGCGACGCCCAAGUCGGUGCUCGAGCUCAUGGACGUCAAGGAUCUGACCCUAGCGCAUGUCAAGAGCCAUUUGCAGAUGUAUAGGACCGUGAAGAGCACUGACAAGCCAGCAGCAGCCUCAGGGCCGAUGGACGGCAGUGGUUCCGGCGACGACGACCUCCCGGCCGCCGGAGUAAGGCAGGCCACGUCAUCGAGCGCCGAAGCGGACCGGCGGCAGUCGUUCGCCGACCACCGGUCCUCCUCCGAGGGCGCCGCGAGCCACGCUGGCGGUGGCGACGGUGGCGGCGGCGGCGGCGACGGCGACUGCUCCUCCUCGGCCGUCAACUCCGACACCAUCAGAGCCCGCAGCAAUUCACCGAGAGAUCUAUGGCUUUCAUCAAGCGUGUGCAACAUGGAUGCUCAACGUUUGGUCACAGUUGAGGACAUAGAACCUUGUAGAUCAAACAGCUUGCAAGUAUCCAGCCAUGAACUGAGCUGCCCUAGCCUUGAGUUCACUCUAGGAAGACCCAAUUGGCACAGCAUAGAUCAUGACUAGCAAGCCUGCUUGCUUGCUACAUGGAACCUUGCAUUGCACAUUCAGACAUACUACUGUUUAAUUAUGACAAUACUUCGAUCAUACCUGCGUCGCCGAUAUUUCAGCAAUGCGAUGAGAAACAAGUCAAAAAGGAUGAGAAAAAUUUAGUAGUGGUUUGUGUUUUGCCGAAACAACACGAUAGUCCAUCUCUUCCAGUUUGUUUUUCUUCUUUUUUUUUCCUUAGUUUCUCAUUACAUUUUUGUGUUUAUUUUCUAUCAAUGUGUAAGUAGUGCAGUUGCUUGUUCAUGCACACAUGAGACAGGGACCAGAGACUAGGAUGCUUGAAAGCUGUAAUAUGCCUCUUUGCAACUUGGUGACUGGUGUAAUGUAUCAUUUGCACAUGGAUAAGAAAAUAUCUAACCUGACAGUGAUUAUAUUCUACUUGUGAUGUAUAUAUAUACAUGAUGCGAAUAUUUUU